AGAAGAAUUUCCCUCCAAAAUAUUGGUUUUAUUAUGCCAACAGCGACCUAAAGAAUUGUUUACAAACUGAAUGAGUAAACCAACUCGAUGACCACCAUUCUAGACAACUUUCAACGCGCCGAAAAGAUCGGCGAGGGCACCUACGGUAUAGUUUACAAAGCGCGUAGCAACUCCACCGGCCAGGAUGUGGCGCUCAAAAAGAUUCGGCUAGAAGGCGAAACGGAGGGUGUUCCUUCGACGGCCAUUCGAGAGAUCUCCCUGCUGAAGAACCUUAAGCACCCAAAUGUGGUCCAACUCUUUGACGUGGUCAUUUCCGGCAACAAUCUGUACAUGAUAUUCGAGUACCUGAACAUGGAUCUCAAGAAGCUGAUGGACAAGAAAAAAGACGUUUUCACCCCUCAGUUGAUUAAGAGCUAUAUGCAUCAGAUAUUAGAUGCCGUCGGCUUUUGCCACACCAAUCGUAUACUGCAUCGCGAUCUCAAGCCCCAGAACCUUCUCGUGGACACGGCGGGCAAAAUAAAGUUGGCUGACUUUGGCCUAGCAAGGGCCUUCAACGUGCCUAUGCGGGCGUACACACACGAAGUUGUCACCCUUUGGUACCGAGCUCCAGAGAUUCUGUUGGGCACGAAGUUCUACUCCACGGGAGUGGACAUCUGGAGUCUAGGCUGCAUUUUCUCUGAGAUGAUUAUGCGCCGCUCCUUGUUUCCCGGAGACAGCGAGAUCGAUCAACUUUAUAGGAUUUUCCGUACCUUAAGCACACCCGAUGAAACAAAUUGGCCCGGUGUGACGCAGCUGCCAGACUUUAAGACCAAGUUCCCAAGAUGGGAGGGAACGAACAUGCCACAACCUAUAACCGAACACGAGGCUCACGAACUCAUAAUGUCAAUGCUGUGCUAUGAUCCCAACCUGCGCAUCUCAGCCAAGGACGCACUGCAGCACGCUUACUUCUGCAAUGUGCAGCAUGUUGAUCAUGUAGCCCUGCCUGUUGAUCCCAAUGCCGGCAGCGCUUCGCGUCUAACGCGGCUCGUCUGAUCGUGUCCAAUAGCCCCAGAUCUAGCAAAUUACUUUUGUUUCUUAGUAUAGUAAGUUCGAUAUCUACCUCACUGUCUUUAAGACGAAACUAGUGCAAUUAUAUGAUGUCUAUAUUUAAUCUAUUUUACAGCUGCCAGCUCAUUAUCAUGCAUUCCCCAUUUUCACUCGCACCUAACACACGAUAAAUACACGAUCAUCCAUAAGUAAA